AUGGUUACUCUAGUUAAUGCCACUCAGUGCAUUGCUGAAUUCUACGCACAUUUCGGACCUGGGUCCCUAUUGAAUUUGUCUGAAAAUUCCAUUGGUGUUGCUGGUAUAGCAGGUGUCGCUGAUGGGCUCAAAUCUAACACAACACUGUCAGAGUUAAACUUGUCUCGCAAUCGCAUUGGUGAUGAUGGUGCAGUAAAGCUGGCUGAUGGGCUUAAAUUCAACACAAGAUUGACAGUGUUGAAUCUGUCUGGCAAUAAAAUUGGUGAUGCUGGUGCAGCAAAUCUGGCUGAUGGGCUUAAAUAUAACAAAAAACUCACAGUGUUGCAUUUAUCUGACAAUGGCAUUGGCGAUGAUGGUGCAGUAUGUCUGGCUGAUGUGCUCAGGGAAUCCAACAAAACACUAACAAUGUUGUAUUUGUGCGACAAUAGCAUUUGUGAUGCUGGUGCAGCAGGUCUGGCUGAUGCGCUGAAAUCAUCCAACUCGACACUGAACAAAUUAUGUUUGUCUGGCAAUAAAAUUGGUGAAUAUGGUUUAGAUGGUCUAAAAAGUACGCUUAAAACCAACAAAGAACUGACAGUGGAUUUGCUUCCUCCAUAAUCAAUUUCUAGCUGUUUUAGUUUUUUCGUUUUAGAAGGAACACUGACAGAUCAUGUAUGAAAUAAUUCGAAAACAACUGGUAUCGAGGGUGAGUCACUUGAGUGAAUUACCGCCUUGGUACCACUAGAAAGUCCAAGAAGUAAUUAUUUUUGUUAAUCUUCACUACAGUGUUGAAGUGUAUAAUAUUUCCUUCUUUUCUUAAAUCAGGACAAAAUGAAUGCUGACUUGUGUUUAUUGGCAAAAUUACACGAGUAUCAAUUUAAUUUCAGUGAAUCGCUGAAAAUUUCGCAAUUAUUGACCAAAAGAAAAACGUUCUAGGGCUAAAAAUAAGAAUUAGUACACUGGAGAUCAGUCUCCUCUCUCGGAGUCUCUUUUUCCAGACGGAACUGUGCCGAGGACGCCUGGGACUAAUCGACUAGCUAAAGAAAAUACUUUAAGAGAGAUGCUAGAAUUUCUGUAUUGGUAAUGUGCUUCAUUGUUUAGUGUAAAAACUUUUACAGAAUUGUACCUGCUUCUGAUAGUUUAUCAUGUUUAAUAAUGAAUGUAAAUUAAUGAUCAUGCUUAUCCGAGUUCGGUUGUAAUAAUCUUUAUUUACUUAAUAAUUAUACGUUAAUGACUAGCUGUGGCUGCAAAAUACACAAGCCCUGUUGCGUAAAGUAAAUUACUACAUUGGGCUAUAUUCGGAACAGUUGUUAGACGUAGAUGUUGCAAAAGAUGUAAUGUAUGAAUGAAAGUGAAUUGUUGUAAUAGAAUUAUUUUGAAUCUG